AUCGAUCAAUGGCGAUUGUGUUUGUUUUGAGCUUCAGACCUUCAGUUUGUGCCAUCCAUUCAUCUUUUAAAAUAGUGAAGUGUGUUGAUAACAUAAUUACAUAAAUAACAUAACAAUUGCUAGCGAAGUGUGCUCAUAGUUUCAACUUAUACCAAACGUGCGGAACCCCUUGACUCUACAGUAGAUAACAUCCCAUUAUGUCGGACGCAGCACUAAAGAGAUGUGACGAGGUCGGAUCAAGUAAACAUCCGCUGAAAGAUGUCAAAUUCUCGUACGGAACAGCGGGUUUCCGAACUAAAGCCAAUACUUUGGACCCAAUUAUGUACCGUGUUGGCUUGAUGGCUGCCUUGCGGUCCGUCAAAUUUAAAGGCCAAUACAUCGGUGUCAUGGUGACCGCGUCACAUAAUCCUGUGUGUGACAAUGGUGUAAAGAUCGUCGAUCCCUAUGGCGAUAUGAUGGAGGAGAAAUGGGAAAGCUACGCCACCACCUUAGCCAACGCCCCCAACGGCGAGCUAGCAGCCACACUUCAGGACAUUGCUAAGGCACUUGACCUCAAUCUAGAAGACAUUUCCAAGGCCAAGGUGAUUUACGGAUACGAUACCAGGCCCAGUUGUCCAGAGUUGGUAGCAUCCCUGGUGGAUGGCUUCAAUGCGAUUGGAGUGGAAGUUUGCAAGGACCUUGGUGUCGUCACUACACCACAAUUACACUUUGUCACUCGCUGUCUGAACGAUCCAUCAUACGGAGAGGCCACUCUCGAGGGAUACUACAGAAAGAUUGCAGAAGCAUUCAAAAAGAUUCAGGGUCCAGGGAAGGGUCCAGAAGUCGUGCUUGACGGUGCCAACGGUGUGGGCGCACCUCGCACGAAUGACUUUAAGAAGUACGUGGGUAAAGCCUUCAAUGUCACGAUCGUGAACGAUGCUUCUCAUAAAGAUGAUGUCUUGAACGAUAGUUGUGGUGCCGAUUUCGUCAAGGUGCAGCAGAAGGCGCCCAAUAACGUGACGCCGACCCACGGCGUCCACUAUGUAUCGUUUGAUGGCGAUGCCGAUCGCGUUAUGUACUACUUCUUCGACAAGGACAUGAAGUUCCACAUGCUGGAUGGUGAUAAGAUUGCCACCCUCAUUGGCGGCUACCUAGCUGAACUCGUAAAGGAUGCCGGACAUUCGCUGAACUUGGGUGUUGUACAGACCGCUUAUGCUAAUGGAAGCUCGACGGCAUACUUGGAGAACGAGAUGAAGGUACCAAUUGCCUGCACGCCCACGGGUGUCAAACAUCUGCAUCACGCCGCUAAGGAUUUCGAUAUUGGAGUGUACUUCGAGGCGAAUGGUCAUGGCACGGUCAUCUUCGACUCCAAAGUGGAGAAGAAGAUUAGAGACACGGACGCCUCUAAGCUAUCGGCAUCUCAGCAGGAAAAGCACGCACUCCUGCUGAAUGUGAUCGAUCUCAUUAACCAGACCGUAGGAGACGCACUCUCCGAUGCGCUUAUGGUCGAGGUAGUACUGAAGCAGAAGAAUUGGACCUGUGAAGACUGGGAUGCCUGCUACACAGACCUCCCCAACCGACAGCUCAAGGUCAGCGUAAAGGACCGAACUGCCGUGCAGGUCACCAACGCCGAGCGCCAGACCACAGCACCCGCUGGCCUGCAGGAGGCGGUAGAUGAGGCUGUGGCGAAGUACUCGAAGGGACGCUCGUUUGUGCGCCCGUCAGGCACUGAGGACGUAGUGCGUGUGUACGCGGAGGCGGAGACUCGUGAGUUGUGCGACCAGUUGGCGUACGAGGUGGCUCAGAUCACACACAGAAUCGCCGGUGGUAUAGGUGAAGCUCCCUCGCAAUAAAUCGCCUGGGUGUGGAAUUGGGCAUUGGGAUACUGGUACUUCCUGUUCAUCGAUCAUCACACAUUAAAAACUUUGAAAUACGAAUAAUUUUGGUAGGAUCACAGUAAAUGAUAAUUGUUAAUAAAACUGGUUAUUGAUACCAAAUGUCC